AUGUUUUGUGCUUUGAAUUUGCAGCUUAAAUCGACGAGGAGCCUUCUCACUUCUUUUGGAGUGACAAAGCGUUCAAUCAAUAUCUUAGGUACUUUAAAGCCAAGUGAAGGUUCCAUCCAUAAUUAUAAAAGACUGGGCAGAGGUCCAUCAAGUGGUAAAGGUAAAACUUCUGGAAGAGGUCAAAAGGGUCAAAAAGCCCGUGGUCAUGUUAAAUCGUGGUUUGAAGGUGGUCAAACCCCAAUUUUCAAGCUGUUCCCAAAAGUUGGGUUCACUAACGUACAUGCCCGUGAAUUCAAUGUGCUAAACUUGGACAGGAUAAUGUGGUUUCAUAGGAAGGGCAGAUUAACGUUAGAAAAGGAUGAAGUCCUUACUAUGAAGAAGAUGAAGGAUCUAGGUUUGGUGACCGGUACGAUUAAACAAGGUGUCAAGAUUUUAGCUAACGGAAAGGAGGACUAUAAUCUUCCUAUAAAGAUCGAAGCCUCAGCAGCAUCACAGGAGGCUAUCAAGGCUAUAGAGGAUGCAGGAGGUGAAUUCACUGCUAGGUAUUUCAACAGGCUUGGUCUCAGGGCCCACUUGGUUCCACAUUGGUUUUUGGAGAAGAGAGGCAGAAUACCGUUACCUGCUAGACCAGUUAGAAGAAAGGAUAUUGAAUUCUAUGGUAACAUGGAGAAACGUGGGUACUUGAUUAAAGAAAACCAUGAAUUAUUGAAGCAGAUUGAAGAAGCUCGGACAAAGGGUUCUGCUGCUGGUUUGAGUAGGAGAAGAAAGAAAACUGCUUUGGAGAUACAACUGGAAAAAUUACCAGAGAACAGCAAAGACUUUGACACUAGAUAUAGCAAUGAAUCCGGCGUCAUUGCAGCAUCAUGA